AUGACGAAGAAACUAAGUUUAGAAGAGAAAAAGAAUCGUAGACCUACGGUAAGAGCUUGUGUAUUUUGUCAUCAAAAACAUUUACAGUGUUCAAAUGAAAGACCAUGUAAAAAUUGUGUUAAACGAAAUAUUGCCAAUGAUUGUAAAGAUGUCGAACGUAAAAAAGUUAAAUAUUUAACUGGAGAAUCAUCACAACUAAGAAAAAAGGUCAAAAUCAAACCAGAAUCAUUAACUUCAACUCCGGGAAACGAUGAAUCAAAUUCAAGUUCAAUUAUAAAUACACCUAAUGAAUUUAACGAUAAACAAAUCAAUGACAUUUUGGAAGUUCCUCCAUUACCUACAUUAAAUGAAGAUAAUAAUAACAUAUUAAAUACAACAAAUGAUGUCUUAAAUAAUAUAUUGAGUGAAAAUUAUAAUUCUAAUGUACCUUUAAAUCAAUCAAAUAGUAAUAAUUUUCAUUCAAAUUAUUUAAAUCAAGAAUAUUUAAUGUUGGGAGAUAUUUUAUUACAAUCUAAACCUACUUCGCCAUCACCUUCAAAUACAAGUGCAUCUGAACAUAAUACAUUUUCACCAAAUCAUCAUAAUUUUAAUUUAGAUAGUAUAAAUCAAUCAAAAAAGAAAGUAAUACAAAAAUUAAAAGAUUCAAGACCAUUUAUAUCAUUAGGUUUUUCAAAAGAUUCAUCAUUAAGUUUAAAUAAUUUGAAUAAUAUGUAUAAUCAAACUGAUAAUUUAUUAGAUAAUAAUUUGAAAAUUCAAAAAAAUGUACUGGGUAAAUCUAAUCCAAUUAUAAAUUUUGAUACUCAUUAUCAAGAUACAUAUGUAAAUCCUUUAAAAACUCAUCAAAUUUAUCAAACAGUUAGUGAUAUAUAUAAUAAUAUUAUUAUCAAUUUUGAAUAUCCAAAUUCAUACCAUGCAUUAACUCAUUUUCUAAGAAAUCGAUUUUCAGGUAAUAAUCUAUCACCAGAGGAAAAAGCUCAAAAGAGGAAUAGUUUAUUAAUAAUUUUAAAAUUAAUUGCAAGUUAUAGACCUACUUUUAUAUCAGCACAUAAAUCAUUAUUAAAACCACAAGAUUUAUUAUUUCUUGAAAUGAGUUUUCAAAGAUGUUUAAUAGAUUAUGAAAAAUUAUGCCAAUUAAAUUCAAGUCCAACUAUAAUAUGGAGAAGGACUGGUGAAAUAGUAAGUAUAACUGAUGAUUUAUUAAGUUUAUUAGGAUAUACCCUAAGUGAUAUUCUUUCAAAAAGAACAUUUAUAAUGGAAAUGAUGUAUGAUGAUGAAAGUAUUAUAAAUUAUUUUCAAUUAUUUAAAAGUAUUGCAAUUGGUAAUUUACAUUCAAGUAUAAAUACAAAAAUUAAAUUAAUGAAGAAAAAUGAUUCAAAUUUUAUUGAAUUUAGUUCAGUUUGGACAGUUAAACGAGAUUUAUUUGAUAUUCCAAUGUUAAUAAUCGGUCAAUUUCUACCGAUUUUACCUGCUGGAGAUGGCGUUAGAAUGUAUUAA